AUGCAAACUGCAGCAGCAGCAGCAGAAGCAGCAGCAGCAGCAGCAAAAGGCAGCAACAACAUAAAACACCUGGAGAGACAACAGCAGCAACAGCAGCAGCAGCAGCAGCAGCAGCAGAGACUUGAGCAUUACCUUGCGGCUUUGAUGAUGCUGCGGGUAAUGCAGCAGCAGAAGCAGCAGCAGCAGCAGCAGCAGCAGCAACAGGAACAUGUGGGCCCUUUCCAGUCUCUCUGUACGUCUCUACAAACCGAACAGCACUAG